AAAGAACUUUGAAGAACACCAUUCACUGACGGCGGUCGUGUUGUCGGUGUAUUUGUGUCUCGUGAUCGUAUUUGUAGAAAGCUCUGACUCUCAGUUCGGCAGGAUAUGUGUGCUUUUCAAUAUUGAUUUGUGGUGAUUUUAAUGAUAGGAUAAGACAGCAACAUGUCGACGGACAUCUGUCGAUGGCUUUUCCUUUUAUUAUUUUUAAUAACAUGGACGAAAUAUUCAAAUUCCAAGGAGAUCCGCGUGGUCUGCUACUACACGAACUGGUCAGUGUACAGGCCCGGAACGGCAAAAUUUAGUCCUCAGAAUAUCAACCCCUAUUUAUGUACUCAUCUCAUCUACGCGUUUGGGGGUUUCACCAAAGAAAACACGUUAAAACCUUUUGAUAAAUAUCAAGACGUCGAAAAAGGUGGUUACGCAAAAUUCACUGGACUGAAGACAUACAACAAAAAUUUAAAGACUAUGCUGGCCAUCGGUGGAUGGAACGAGGGCUCUUCGCGGUUUUCGCCCAUGGUGGCGAAUUCCGAAAGAAGGAAAGAGUUGAUCAAGAACGCCAUCAAGUUCUUGAGACAAAACCACUUCGACGGACUAGAUCUAGAUUGGGAAUAUCCUAGCUUUCGAGAUGGAGGAAAGUCAAGAGACAGGGACAACUACGCCCAACUUGUGCAGGAACUGCGCGAAGAAUUUGACAGAGAAUCCGAAAAAACGGGAAGGACGAGGUUACUUCUAACAAUGGCAGUUCCUGCCGGAAUCGAGUACAUCAACAAAGGAUAUGAUGUGCCGAAACUUACUAAAUAUCUCGACUGGAUGAAUAUUUUGAGCUACGAUUACCAUUCUGCCUUCGAGCCAGCGGUUAACCACCAUGCUCCACUGUAUUCUUUGGAAGAACCUUCAGAGUAUAAUUACGACACUGAACUUAACAUUGAUUAUACAAUCAAACACUAUCUAAAAGAAGGUGCCGAUCCUAACAAACUCGUCCUUGGAAUUCCAACUUACGGUCGAUCCUACACGCUUUUUAACCCUGAUGCUAAUGAAAUUGGAGCCCCAGCCGACGGGCCAGGAGAUAUGGGAGAUGCGACAAGGGAAAAUGGCUACUUAGCUUAUUAUGAGAUCUGCGAAUACAUCAAAUCUCAAGACUGGGAGGUAGUACAACCUAACCCUGACGCAAUGGGUCCUUACGCUUUUAAAGAUAAUCAGUGGGUUGGCUACGAUGAUGAUGAUAUUGCACGAAAAAAAGCUGCCUAUGUUGCAGAAAAUAAUCUCGGAGGUAUUAUGUUCUGGUCCAUUGACAAUGAUGAUUUUCGAGGUAAUUGCCACGGGAAACCGUACCCUAUUAUCGAGGCGGCCAAAGAAGCACUCAUCUCAGCUUAUGGUCUAACUGAUGAGAAUUUGGUUUCACCGCCCGCCAAACCGGUAAAAUCAAAGACAAGAACGAGAACUCAAUCUUCAUCUAAAUCAUCAAGUGCCAAAAGUGAAGAUACUGAAAAGAAAGUUUCGAAUAGUGGAGGUUCUCGACGAAGAAAUAGAGUCAAGAGUAAAUCGGACAGUAGCAGUUCCAAUAGCCGACCAAAAAUACGUAGGAAGGAAUCAAGGAGCACCACAGAAGGUCCCGUUUAUAGUAGUUUGGAAUUGGUUACGCCCAGUUAUACAACGCCUGCCCCACCCCCAACUCCCGAUAUGGGCGGAGAAUUCAAAUGCGAGGAUGAAGGUUUCUACCCACACCCCAAGGACUGCAAAAAGUAUUACUGGUGUUUGAGUGGCCCUGGAGAGCUAGGAAUUAUAGCUCAUCAGUUUACUUGCCCCGCAGGUUUAUAUUUCAAUAAAGCUGCCGAUUCGUGUGACUACACAAGAAAUGUUCUGUGUAAUAAAAAAUUGUCAAAAACAUCGACAACAACAACUACAACAGAGGCCAGUACUUCUAAAACAACUGCAACCACAACUGUACGAGUACCACCCAGAAUAACCGCAGCCAUAAGUCGAACUACACUUUUCCGAACGUCAACCACAACGGAACCUUAUGAGGAUGAAUACGAAUAUGAAGAUGAAGAGGAAGAAGAAGAAGAUAACAAAAACUCAGAAGAAGAUCCGAGAGUUAUCAAAGAACUGCUAGAUCUUAUAAAAAAAGCUGGAGGUAUUGAAGAACUAGAAAAGCAACUAAAAAUACACGAAGAUGGAAGUGCGUCAGUUUCACAUCCGGAUGCUACAACGCCAUCUUCUAUUAGUAAAUCUCUAGUUGAAAGAGUGUUGGGGAAAGCGAAAAAUAAAAACGGAGAAAGAAAAAAUUCAUACAGUUUCUUGAACCGCAACAGCAGAGGGCCACAAAACGAAGGGAUUCAAAAGAGUGAAGAAAAGAAAAAGCAAGAUCGGGGUAAACUACAAUAUACAACGAUUAAUAGACAAAGGACACAAAAGAGUGACAACGAUAAGGCUGAUGAGGAAGAAGAGGAAGAAGAAGAAGAAGAAGAAGAGAAGGAAGUUAAAACUUCAAGAAAAUAUACAAAAAAACAACCAGAAUACGUUAACAUCAGGCGUGGAAGAGUUAGUACCACAACCGAAUCGUCUGGGGAAGAUUCAAAGGGACAAAUUAACAGAAAUAAAAUUUUGGGAGAAGACGACGAUGAAAACGCCGAAGAUGACGAAGACCAAGAAGAACCCGUUAAGAGGAAAAGCUCUACACCUCAGUAUGUUAACAUUCGCAGACAGAGGCCAUCGACUACUGAAGAAACCUCCACUUCAAAAUACACAAUAAUUAGAAGAGGAACAUCUACAACUGAGAGCGAUACAGCAGAUGACUCUUUAAAUGGCAAAAAGAGAGGAACAACCACUCCUAGCACUCAAGAGGAAGUAUCUGACGGAAAAAGAAGAGGUACAACAACUGCUAGUGAAGUUGUGUCUUCGUCCACCGAAAAAACUGACUCAAAAUCUAAGUACAAAAUUCUCAGACGAGGAUCGACAACAACGGAACCUUCAACGGAGGAAAAUACAACGACUAUAUCAUCCAGAAAAAGGGGAACUACUUCUCCUAGCGUCCAAGAUGUUUCCGAAAAAACUAAAACUAGAAUUACCACAAUAGCAUCCCCCGGAUCCGAAGAGAAAUACAAAAUUAUCAAACGUGGAUCUACUACCGAGACACCUCUGCAACCUGAAGAAACACCCAGCAACGGUUCAACUACAAAUUCGUUGUCACGGACCAGUUCCACAACAGGAAAUUCAGCUGAAGAUGCCACAACUAUAUCUGGAACAGAAAAUCCAAUUAUUCUUGAACAAAUACUAAUAACAUCUCCCGAGAGCUUAACUAUAAAAACUACUGCUAGCCUUAGUUCGACGAAUCGAACACCAAAUCUCUCAAAACUCGAUUCUAAUAUACCCGAUUCUACUGACAGUAUCGGUGAAGGAGUUUAUCAGACGCAAACUCCUCAACUUUUAGAACCACGUCCGUUCUCUUUAAGUACUAGUGGUCCAACAUCAAGUCUAAAACCGGUAACUGAAUCAUCUACACGAGUUACAAAGGUGAGUGAUCCAAAUUAUAAACUACGUCUAAAACAGAAACUUCCGAAAACGCAAACCGAUAUAAUUAGCACAACCACUCUCACAACGGAAAAACCGACACCCUUUAGAACUAGAGCACCUUCUAGAUAUAAACAAACUACCGCAAGUCUGUUAGAGCAACAAACUACAAGAGUCACAAUUAAACCUUCUGUUCGUGCCAGAAAAAGAUUUUCUACAACUACUGAACAGUUUUUGGACAGCGUUGACGAAUACGAUUUGAAUAGAACUUUCAGGCCUUCUGAAAUCGCCGAUUUGUCUUCUUUAACUGCUGUUGACUUUGGGACAUUGAAAGAUCUGAACAGAUUUUCGAAUCCAUCAAGGUCGAGAAGAAUACGACCAUCGACUGCUACAACAACGACAACUACCACUGAGAAACCAGAAGAGAGUCUAAAAACUGGUUCAAGGACAUUACCUUUAGCCAGAAAAUUACUAGACGGUACCACUUUCGGAAAAAGUAGACGAGUUAUUGCUACUAAGAAUGAGCAUGCAAUAGAAGAUCAAAUUAAUUCAAGCUCAGACACCACGCACAGAAUUCGUCCAUUCACUAGAACUCCACCUAAUUUGUCAAUAACAUCUACUACUGAAGAAACCACAAGAGCAACAUUACGAAACAGAAAAAUAAUUAGAAGGUUAAGACCUACAGUUGGUUCUAAACUACAGUCACAGAAAGACGAUGACACUCGUAAUCAAAUUAGCUUUAAAAAACGUUUAGUGCGCCCGAGUUCUACUACACCCGCAACUGAAACAGAAAAUCUUAUAGAAAAUGCAUCCUCCAACUCGCUAUUUAACAGACGCUUUACUCGACCUAGCACCACUACAACUACAACCACGACAACAACUACAACUACAACUACACCUGAAGAAACAACUAAACUCUCAACUACAGAAAGCGCACAGAAAACAACAACACAAUUACCGAAAGAAGACGAUGAACAAAACGAAACUUCUGAUGAUGUUAGCGCUGAAGAAGGGGAGAACAUUAGAUUAUCGGAAUCCAACAUAAGAGAAAACAGUAAUGUUAACAAUCACAACGUUCUUAAUUCGGAAGAUGGUAAAAAAGUAAGAAAGAAGAUCUUAAAAAGAAUCAGAAAUAAAGUGGAUGAUGAAAAACCAACGACCGAACCUAACAUUGUAAUCAGAACAAGAAAAAUUAUAAGAAAACUGACACCAACAGAAUCGACAAUUUUAAGUACCAGUACUACUACAGAAUCAAUUGAAGCUAGUACAGCAGGUCGUAAAAGAAAAAUUAUUCGACGAUUACGACCGACUACCGAGUCACCUGUAUCCAUUACAGAAUCAGCAACAGCAACAGAUAAACCACUAUUUAUUCGAGGAAGACCUUUCAUACCGCACGUAAGUACACACACACCUUUAGAAACGGUAGAUGCUGAGUCGCCAAUAGUUAAAACAGAAAGCAAACAUUUGGAAAGUAAUUUGAAGACUGACAGUGAAAUUAAAUUUAAACCGUUUAAAUCGAAAUACGCGACUAUAGCACGAACUACUACACCACGUUUGGAAGACGAUAGACAGGAAGAAAGUGAUGAAAGUGACAAAGAGGAAAAGGUUUCAAGUUUUGACAGAACUAAGUACAAAACCUUUAGCAGAACAACCACCAAAUCGCCUGAUACAGACACCACAUCUUAUCGCACCAUUGACAGAUCCAAAUACAAUAUCUUAAGUCGAGGUACUACUUCGACAACAGAACAAUAUAGCGAGCAUGACGUUGAAGAAGAAGAGGAUGAUGAAGAAGACGUUCCUAUUCAAACUCGACCUAAGUAUAGAAUAUACAGACCAACAACUUUCCAUGACGACGAUGAUGACGUAAUAGAAGAAGAAGAAGAAGAAGAAGCAGACGUUGAAGAAAAUACAAAUUCUCAGAAAUACAGAAUCUUGCAUCCUAGUCUUGCCACGACGGAACAUAAUGAAGACGCAGACGAGGACGUAAUUAAAAUUCGUAUUUUAAGACCCACUACUGAACAAAAUGUAGCAGAAGUCAGUACUGUGUCCAUUACUAAUUUUACGGAGGUCUCAGAUACUCAGACAAACAAAUCUCAAGAUACUGAACCAAUAAUUAAAGUAGAAAAAGAGAAUAACGAAGAAAUAACUUCAGACCAAGUACAACCAACUGAAGAUACAGUUACUGAAGAAACUACAGAUCAAAGUGAAGAACAAGAUAAACGAGACGAAGGAGCAGAUGGAGAAAAUUUAGAAAUUAGUGACGACGAAGGAGAACAAAACAUUACAACGACUACCACUGUUAGGAAUUAUAUUAAUCCAAUUCUGAGUAGACAAAAAAAUAGACCUGCGUUUGUACGACCGAAACUAACUACCCAAAAUCCAUUACGAACAAUUUCAGCUAAUAAACCUAAGUAUAAGUCAUUUUCUCGAAGUACGCUUCGUCCAUCUAAAAUACAUAUUGAUACAGAAGAUAAUCCAGAGACUGACAAUAAAAAACCGGAGAGAAAAUUCGUUCCAAAGAGUUUCAGUCGUAAUAGGUACUUGACCGUUGGACACGAAAACAGAACAGAGUCGACAGUAGAAAAUUCAUCUGUAGAAACUGUGGAAACAAACAGUACCACAGACAGUUUUUAUAACACUACGACUGAAUCUGGAAUUGUAACAUCAACUGAAGACGAAAAUUCCACUCAGGCUGUAGAAAUUACAACGUUAGUUGCAGAAGACGGUCAGGAAACUUAUAAUAACACUGACAACAUUGAGAACAAGGAAAACGAAUCGAAUUUCACAACAGAGUCUACUAUUGCAAUUUCUCCAGUCACAAAAGAAUAUGAAGCUUUUAUAAAUAUAACAACAUCUUCUGACGAUCAAAUAAAUGAAACUUCAGAAUUUCACGUAACUAAUGGUGAAACGGUAGUACCAGAAGUAACAACAUUAAAGAUAUCUGAAAUUAGUACAACUAAAAAUUUCACUGAAGAGAUUACAGAGGAAUCAACUAUAAAUUUCAGUGACACUAGCACCGUUAGCACGAAUGGUACUACAACAGAAAGUACUCAAACGUCUCUGUUAAAGAGUACUUUGCCUUCAGCGGAAAUUCACGAAAAUGAAACAACUAUUAAUUACAACGACCUGAGUACAGACAGUAUAGACAGCACAACAACUGAAAGUACUCUAAGCGAUCUCUCAAGAAAUACCGUCUUAUCAAAUGAAAAUGAACUGAAUGAAACAACUAUAAAUUACAAGGAUACAAGCACCAGUAGUACCGAUACAACAACCCCUGAAACUACUCCGGUUUAUCAUUCUAAAAGUACACUGCGGUCGCUUCAGAAUCGACCAAGAUAUAACGUUCCGAAGCGAUUAGCAUCAACUGAAAGUACUAUUAACCCUAGCAGACCGUCACGUAGAUUUAAUCAAAGGAACAGAGGUCAAACGACAAAAUCUAGAUUUGUCACUCCGAGUUCGAGAUCUACGACUCCAACUUCACCACUGAAAAAUAGAUUCCUCUAUAAUUAUAGUACCACCGAAAGAAACAGAUUUGUAACUAAGGAGGAAAUCGAAGAACCAGAAGAUGAAUUGGACGAAGAAGUAGAAGAUGUCGAAGACGACGAAGAGGAAGAAAUUCAAGAACAAAUUUACACACCAAGAACGCCGAGUAGUUAUACACCUAAAACUUACACUACAAAGAGUAAACCAAGAGUGAGCAACAGACCAGAAGGACAUACUUUCAGGAAAACAACCGAAACUUCUAAAGUUGCUGAAGAUUUAAGUGACAUUGAUACGGAAGCUGUGAAAAAUAGGAAUAAAAAUUUGUUUUCUAAGAAACGUAAAAUGAACACUCCAUUUGCCGGACCUGCACAACAUAACGUAAACGUAACUGAAGAAAAAUCUAAUCUAACAGCAACAACUGAAAGUGCGAAAGCUGAUUUAACAGCAACAACUGAAAGUACGGCGUAUGAUCUAACAGCAACAACUGAAAGUACGACUAAGGCAGUUUCUAUUACAACAACACCUGACACUUCUGAGUCUGUUACAAAACCUGCGCCGGUUGCCGAAACCACUGAAUUUUUGACCACUUUGCAUCAUAUUUUUGCAGAAACGGAACUAGUUUCUGAUAAAGGAACUACUACAACUGAGGCAACAACGUUGUCUACAGUCGAAAAUGUCACAGAUUCUACAAAGGUAGAAAAAUUAAUAGAAGUGAACAGAAUAGUAGAAGUACAUGAAAUGAAUAAUACAGACGUACAAAAGGACAACAAAGUUAUUGACAAAAUUGGUGUUAUUAACAGGGUUACAGUAGUUAAAGUUGUUGAUGGUAAUCCAAGUCCUGAAGAAAACGAAAUAUCAGAAACGACGUCUGAAACUGCUGACACCAGUACCACCAAAAAUUUUGAAAUAAUUGCCCCUGAAAUUGCAACAGUUAAAGAAAUUCCGAACGACCAAGUUAAAAUUGGACUGCACGGAUUCACAAACCUCGCAGAAAUAUCAGGUGAACGACAAGACCGCAAAUUCGAAAUUUACGGAGGAAGCCAGGUUAUAGAUUAUAGCAGCAAAGAUAUGAAAACAGAUGAGAAAAGUAAUGCCGAAAUUAUCGAUGGAAGAUCAAAUAUUAACAUAAUUACACCACGGCCUUACUACAGUACAGAGGCAUCAACAAUAUCUCUUGAGGCUUUAUUUCAAACCGACACUCCCCAAAAACUGAAUAACAUUAAUGUAAAUUUGCUGAAGCCUUCAAGUGAUGAUGAAAUACUGGAAACUGGUAAUUCGCGGUACAUUAAUGUUAGAGUUCUUGAUCAAGAUAGAGAAACAAAAGACGAGAGUCAAAUUGUACCAGUUAGGGUUCCAAAAGGAGACUACAUUACAAUGAGAGCGGAAGUAGUGGAAGUCACUCCAAAGACUAAUAAAGACAUUAUAAAAAUUGUGCCAAUUCAAGUCGAAAUGUCGCGAAAAUUAAUACAUCCGUCAGACUUUGACAUGAAAUAUGACAAUGGUGUACCUAAAGUCACUCUCCAAAUACUUAAAACAGAAAGUAGUAAUUAGAGUAAUUAUAAAUAAUGAAUAGUAUUAUUGAGAUGUUAUGUAUGUAAAUAUGUAUGUUGUUGUAUUUUUGAAUUUAAUUUAAAUUGUGUGUACUUCAGUGUGAAUAAAUUUGUUGUAAAUAACCGCACCUUUGUAAUAUAUUGCACUAUGUUCUUCUUCAAUUUCCUCUCUCUUUGUGCCAUAACAUGGUUAGUUUCUUGAACUUUUUAGUGUUGUAUGGCCAGUGAGUCC